GGACUAGAAACUACUGUCGAAAAUCGAAAGAGGUUCGAUCGUGGGCUGAUGAAAUUUCCUGAAUUUAGUUAUUGAUUUUUACAAACUUGUUCGACGAUAUGCCAACUGUAGAUAUCAAGAGAGACCUCUUAUUCAAGGCUAUUGGAAAGGAGUACACUGAUGAAGAGUUUGAAGAACUGUGCUUUGACUUUGGCCUCGAAUUGGAUGAAGUGGUCCCUGGAGAAGAAGAAGGCAAAGAAGAUGAAGGAGUUAUUUAUAAAAUUGAAAUUCCAGCUAACAGGUACGACCUUCUGUGUUUGGAGGGGAUUUCAAGAGGAAUUCAAGUUUUUCUUGGAAAACUGAAAACUCCUAGAUAUAAAUCUGUUAAGCCUCAUGGGCCAAUGCAAAGAUUAAAGAUUUCAAAAAAUACUGCCCUUGUCAGACCUCACUGUGUGGCAGCCCUUUUAAGAAAUAUUACAUUCACUCAGGAUAGUUAUAACAGCUUCAUUGAUCUUCAAGAUAAACUCCAUCACAACCUGUGCCGACGAAGGAGUCUUGUUGCCAUAGGAACACAUGAUUUUGACACUCUUCAAGGACCAUUUUUGUUUGAUGCUCUUCCCCCACAGGACAUCAAAUUUGUAGCUCUUAAUCAAACAAAAGAAUACACAGCCGUUGAACUGAUGGAUGUGUACAAAGGAGAAAGCCAUUUAAAACAGUACCUGCCAAUCAUUCGAGACAAACCAGUUUAUCCAGUUAUUUUUGAUGCCAAUGGUGUUGUUCUCUCAAUGCCUCCAAUUAUCAAUGGUGACCAUUCCAAAAUAACUCUAAGCACAAAAAAUGUCUUCAUAGAAAGCACAGCUACUGAUUUGCACAAGGCCAAAAUUGUCCUUGACACCCUGGUGACAAUGUUCAGUGUUUAUUGUGUUGAACCAUUUGUGGUGGAGUCAGUUGAAGUGGAACAGCCAGAUGGUUCAGUUCUUGUUUAUCCGGAGCUAAAAUAUCGGCAUGAAGUGGUCAGUGUGGAGCAAAUUAACAAGAAGAUUGGAAUCCAAGAAUCUCCUGAGCGAGUGGCUGAUUUGUUGACUCGAAUGUGCCUUCAAAGUGAAGUGACUGAUGGUGGAAAAAACGUCAAAGUGGAAAUUCCUCCAACAAGAGCAGACAUUAUUCAUGAGUGUGAUAUUAUUGAGGAUGUAGCCAUUUCUCAUGGAUUUAACAACAUUGUGAAGAGGAUACCUCCAACCAAUACUAUUGGAAAUCAGUUCAAGCUAAAUACACUUUGUGAUCUGCUGAGACAAGAAAUAGCCCAGGCUGGAUUCACUGAAGUCCUUACUUUCGCUUUGUGUUCACGGGAUGAUGUGUCAGAGAAACUCAAGAAGCCGCUAUCGUCAUCCAAAGCUGUACACAUAGCAAAUCCAAAAACACUGGAAUUCCAAGUUGCCAGGACAACACUCAUUCCCGGUCUUCUGAAGACUGUUAGUUGUAACAAAAAGAUGCCGCUUCCAAUGAAACUGUUUGAAAUCUCCGAUGUGGUACACAGUGAUGACAAGAAAGAUGUCGGAGCUCGGAAUCAUCGCCGUUUCUGUGCCGUGAAUUACAACAAGACUCCGGGAUUUGAGGUCAUUCAUGGUUUGUUGGACCGCACCAUGCAGCUUCUUGAAGUACCGUACUCGGAAGAUAAGACAUCUGUACACGGAUAUUACUUGAAGGCGCACGAAGAUGAAACUUUCUUCCCUGGUCGUUGUGCGCAAAUUAUCGCCAACGGAAAGCCGAUAGGAAUCAUGGGAGUCCUACAUCCUGAAGUCGUCAACAACUUUGAAUUGAAUCUGCCAUGCGCAGUGCUUGAACUGGACAUAGAGGAAUUCCUCUGAAAAAAAAACUGCUGAAAUGUUGACAGAAUUUUCCUAAUAAGAGGCUUAUUAUGGCCGCAAUUGCAAAUGAAUUUAGGUCAUACCACAAUAGUAGUUUUAGAGAGAAUUACACGAAAGGCACUCGAAGGCAAUGCACGAGAAAUAUCAAAUAUGUUGAAGUAUUCAAAUAUGUACCACACUGGUAUUUGUGUGCCUAAUGUCAGGUUUUCGUCAGUGAUACUAUUACUUGAAGCCUAGUCAGUCCCAUUUGAUCACUGGUGGUCGCGAGGAAAUUCGAAAAUUGGACCCAAACUUAGAAUAUGCAUGGGACCUUCAUAUGAGCAUGAUGCGGGUUUUAAAUCGAUGUCGUUCCCAGAGGUGGUGUACUCGCUCUUGUCCAGUGGAGGCGUAGGUCCUGGAAACGAGAUACGCCUGUAACGGGAUGAUCUGGAGCAUGCGCGCUAAGUUUGGAAACUCGUAUUUAUUCUCGUCUGAAGGCACUGGUAGUUUGGCUCCUGUCCCUUUUGUAUGCCUUUUUAAGCCAAGGGGAAAUGAGUGAGAUUCGGUGCGUGUAGGGGUAGGAUCAUACGAUCAACUUAAAUCCGCGCCGCAGCGAUCACUUUGUUGUUGUUGUUGUUGUUGUUGUUGUUGUUGUUGUUGUUGUUGAUGUUGUUGCUGGUAUUGUUGCGCUUAGAUAUUACAGGCAUGCCACUUAAACUGAAAGAAACAAAUCUAUCAACUAAAUAUGAUAGGCUUAAAAAUCCCAACUGGCGGGAAGCAGACCAGUUGGCUAGCUAUGUACAAGAAUGACUUAGGAGUUGAACUGGGGUCUACCGAGAAACAACCUUAGCGGAAAGAGGCGAGACUUCAACCCGCGAUCUCCGGAUUUCAAGUCCGGCGCUAUGACCACUCGACCACGCGGCCCUUCUGAUUGAAGAAAAAAUGGCCUUGCAACAUGAUUUAGCCUUUGCCCUACAUACGAAUUUUUAAAUACGUGAAUAAAGUUUUAACACUCAAGA